GAAAAUAAGCAUGAGGAGAAGGUCCAGGAUCCCGACAGAGGGGAGGACGAGACCAAGGCAGAGAUGGGGAGCAAAACCUGGGCAGACCUGGCUGGGGAGAUGAAGAUGUUCCUAUGGAACCCGGAGGAGAGAACGUGCCUGGGGAGAACAGCCAAGAGCUGGGGCUUGAUCUUACUGUUUUACUUCAUUUUCUACACGUGCCUGGCAGGAAUGUUUGCCUUUUGCAUGUACGUGAUGCUGCUUACGCUGAGCCCCUACACGCCCACGUACCGGGACCGCGUGUCUCCGCCAGGAGUGAUGAUCAGACCGUACUUGAACGGGUUCACCAUUGCCUUCAACGUCUCUCAGCCCAGCACGUGGCAGCCCUACGUGGACAGCAUGCACCACUUCCUGGCAGCUUAUGAUGACAAAGUUCAAGAGGAGAAGAAUAUCGAGUGCAUCUCAGGACAGUACUUCAUCCAAGGGGGCAACGAGAGCGAGGAGAAGAAGGCUUGCCAGUUCAAGCGCUCGCUGCUGCAGAACUGCUCGGGCAUUGAGGACCCAACGUUUGGCUACUCCAACGGCCAGCCCUGCAUAUGUCUCUUGUUUUUGCAGAUCAUAGGCUACCGCCCCGGUGCUGGGGUCCCUGUGAGCGUGGACUGCAAAGUGCAGAAAGGCAAUGAGAGCGAUCUCAGAUCGGUGGACUUCUACCCUGGAAACGGGACGUUUGAUCUCAUGUAUUAUCCCUACUACGGCAAGCUCACUCACGUCAACUAUACAUCCCCACUGGUGGCCAUGCACUUUACAGAUGUGAAGAAGAAUCAUUUGGUCCCUAUUCAGUGCAGUCUGAAUGGGAAAGGUAUUAUCAACGACGUUAACAGCGACCGCUUCCUGGGCCGGAUCAUCUUCACACUCAGCAUUGGAAAGUAG